CUAUACUUAGCAAUAGAAAGAGUGAUUCUUUCUUUAACAUGUCCUAUAUCUAUGGCAUAACCGACAUCAAAUAUAAGCCAAAAAAGAAAAAGAAGAGGCAUGAAGUAACGUCAGAUGUUCCACCAGUCAAAUACCGAACCCAUGAUCUGCUCGCACGUCGCCCAAAGUACAAUCACGACGAAUGGCCCAUUGACUUUCGUGCCACGCCCGCUUCUCUCGUGGAGCUAUCUAUUUGCGCUGUCGAUAAGCUGCCGUUGACGUCCGUCUAUGAGUGGGACGACAAGGCCAUACGACUCUGGAUUUGCCGCUAUGGCUAUCCCCAAUAUAUGCGCACCUUUCGUGUGAACUUGAUCUGGGGUCGAAAACUGCUCUUGCUGGAUGCUGACGCUCUAUCGGCAAUGAAUAUCAAGGACUUCGACCACAUCAAACACAUUACCUAUGGCAUCCGGAUGCUGUUUCACUUUGAGUUGACCAAAUUCUCACACAGUAUUUCUAUGCCGGACGAGAAGCCCAACGAGCUCUACUUGCUGUGGCACACGCAGACGGGCGUCAACUAUGAUGCAUUCCGGCGCUCAGACUUGUAUUUACGCAUGCAGCUCAUUCGCGAACGGUCCAAGAACUUGGAUCACUGGGAUCUGCUCGAGCUGUGGCUGCGUAGGGAGCGUGAACGCAAGUUCAAGGAGCUGAUUGGUGGCAUGCCGCGCUUCAACAUGUACUUAUGUCCCAAAGAAGCAGUCGUGGAUCAAAGCCACGCCCCUCCGCACCACCGAACGGAGUGCAUUUGUCCGAAUUGUAUACCGCCAUGCGAUUGCCUUUGGACACCCAGGGACACGUGCCUGCCGUGGAAUCUCCACUGCCUGUCGGUCACUGGUAAAUGCCGAUAUAGGAUGAAGGAGGGCAAUUGUACCAAAUGUAUGACGCCAUGCGAAUGCCACUGGCUGUCCCGCUAUUAUCUGACCGGCACCGUCCUUCGCUGCCUGAAGACCAGUUUUCCCCAGAAGUUUGCUCCCGCCUACGAUAGUGAGAAUGUAAUCGAUGUGCCAACUGCAUUGCUCAACAAGUGGACCCGCUUCUCUCUUUAGACUUUUAUACCCACCCUAUGGUUUAUUUUACACAAGAACUGCUUCCUUUACUACCAAUAGAUAUUAGCCGAAGCAAAUUUGCGAGUGAUAAAUAAAUACAUGAAUCGAUUAAGCAAAUGCGACCAA